GAAGAAGAAGAAGGCGCAGUGACAGUUGCUCGUGAUCACGGAACAGAGUUGUGCCCCUCCACAGCUGCAUCGGCAGCGGAGCGGACGAACCGUAUAAAAAUGGCGCUGUCCUGGCCCGGAGUGUGCCGAGGUUCGGCGCUGGUGUUUUUGUGCCAAAGGCGAUCUAAUGGGGUCACUGCUAGGCUAUGCACCCCAAUGCUGGCAUCGUCACGAAUAAGCCUGACCGUCUGUAGACUGUACUCCCCCUCCAAGGCCAGGCUAGGGCUUGGGAGUCGAGUGGUUUCCCGGCUGAAGUGGGCCAAUGAGAAAUAUGAGAGCUUCUUGAAGCGACGGUUCCCUCGCUUUUACAUUCUGUACCAUACUUUUACGACAGGGAUUCAAUUCCUCCUCCGCGAUGCCUCGGAGGUCAAGAACAUUAAGCUAAAGAUGCACCAAGCCAACUUGAAAGUCCAUGAGCUGCCCUACCGUGACAUGGAGAAGCUCAGAGAGUUUCGCAGAGACCUGAUCAAAGCCAUUCCUCUGAUGCUGAUCUCCAUCCCUCCCUUUGCAAACUACCUGGUCUUUGUCCUCAUGUACUUUUUCCCACGACAGGUCCUUAUUCGCCAGUUCUGGACCCCCCAGAAGCAGGUUGAGUUCCAGGGAGUGUACCACGACCAGAGGUGCCAGCACCACGCAGGGGUCCUAAACGGGCUGGUCAGGACAGUGCCACGUAUCCAAAACCAGCGCCAGCAGAGCCAGCUCCUGGACCUGUGCAAUAAGGUACAGAAUGGUGCACACCCCAGCGUGAUGGACAUGCAAGCGGUGCGCCCCCUCUUCUCCGGACCGCCCCUGGGAAUGAAGAGGCUUGGAGCGAAUCACAUGAGGCUGCUGAGCACCCAGCUCUUCCUGACGCCCCGCCUCCCAGCCUUCCUGAUUCGCCAUCGGCUGAACGGCCACGCCAUAGAGCUUCUGCAGUUGGACCGUGCGCUGAACAGUCUGGGCGUGCUCCAGCUGAGUGACACAGAGCUCCGGCAGGCCUGCUACUUGAGAGGUCUGCACGCCCCCAGUCUGAGUGCUAAACAGUGCAGGGAUUGGCUGAUGCAGUGGCUCCAACUGACCUCUCGCCUCAAAGAGUCAGAAACGUCUCUGCUCCUGCACAGCAUGGUCCUGCUGUCUGUGAACUACCACAAGUCCUUCCGCCACUGACCGCUGUGGCAGCCCGCCUUUCCUUCCCGCCUAGCCGCGCACUCGAUGCACCCUCCCAACGCUCCGCUCAGGAACGGCGAACCCAAACGCGCUUCCUCAUUUGGGUCAGCUGACUAAAGAAAGAAAAAUGAAGGGAAAGAAAGUGGCUUUUUUUACGCUUCUCGGGCUUAGGACUUUCCCGCUUAUAUCUGUGUGAAGGGGGAGGGGCCUGGUUGUACAGUAGGGACAGGGGGAAUAGGGGGUUUAAGAAUGUUUGACGCUCAGCAGGAAAAGCCAGGUGAACAGUAUUGCGCCCGCAACCGCCUGACCCCGUUGUUCUAGGAUGUGCACGUUUGGAGGAUUUACCCUGAGGGUCUACAGUGCCGCCUCUGCUGGGGUCUGGGAGCCCGAGAUGCCAGUUUUAGUCUAACGAGCUUCACAUGUUUUAAGGCGGUAAAACGGGCUCUUUAACUCUGGGAUUUCAGACGCCUUUCCGGGCGUGCGUGUGUGCAUGCAUGUGCGUGGUGGUUGGUGGUUGGGUGGGUGCGUGUUGUUUCCCCCGGCAUGAUUGCAUUCUUUGCAUUUAAAACCCUUGCAUCUGCCAAAGUACUUUAAAAAAAAGUUUUGACUUCAGGACCCAAAGAACAAACGUUAUCUUUGUUUUAUCAUUCGCAGACGUCAGCAGAAGUAAAGGAUUUGGCCAAUAAUAUAAACAGUUAAUUACACAAUCAAAAGCGACUGGAGCCGUCCAUAGGCAGCCAGGAACAGAGGUCCCAACCAGAGCACUGUACUACUGGCGGUAGUUUACUUCUCACUGUCCGACUGCUGUUGCAUCUGAAAUUGAAGUCAAGGCUUUACACUUUAUCAUACCUUAAUUUUGUUUGACUUUGAUUGGCAGAUGGACUUUUGUGUUUUUUAUUAUUGUCAAUUUUUAUAACGUAUCUGCAAAAUUGAAGUUAAAAUGCACUUAAGUGCAAGUAUACGCAUAUAUUAUAUAUUCCUUUCAGAAGACUGCGAACCGUUAAAUACUCAAGCGUACAGUGAUUCGGUUUGUGAAGUCUUAGCGACCUUAAUUUCUGGACAGAACAUUGGUCCAGAUUUAGUCUUCUGCCGGUGUCACAACGACCGCUCUAGAAUAAUUAGGAAUUUUCAAGCUGGUUGAGUUCCUUUUAUCCACAUUGGAUGCACUGAUAACUUAUCACCUCCUGUUAACGUUAAACUGGAUAACUAUUCCGGAAAACGUUUGUGUUUGUGUGUGGACGGAUACCUGGACUUAAAGACAUGGCUGUCUUAAUUUGGUGGCAUUUCUUGUGUAGUCAGCCUCCGGGUGUUUGUGAAAGAAGUAACGGACUGCAUGGCGCAAAUGCACACGGAGUGGAUUGGAAAAGCAAUGGCGCUGUAGUGUCCUUGUCUUUCGCUCCUAUUUUCGAAACGCUUUUUGUGCACUUUGUGUUUUCGCCAUUCCACGUAGUUUGCAGACAUUCGAAAUGAAACGUUACUUUGACGCGCUAAACAGCCGGCGUACUGGUCCAACGCGGUAGAAUAGAUACGUUUUCAUACAACUUUUUUCCAGUAGCCUUUAAUUCACUUUGCCAUGGAUCAAGAUUGAGUCCAAUCCCGCUCAAAUAGACGAACUACGAAAUUCCCGUGCUCAUAUCGGAACUGUAAAUUAGAUGUGGAGUUGUUGCUUCGUCAUAUCUACGUGACUUGGGAUAUUUUCAGUCCUCUUAUAAGCACUUUCAGGAUAUAUAGAGCUGACCAAUGUACGGUUGUACCGUUUGUCAUAGUUUAGACAUUUACAUUAAAUUCUGGAAACAAUUAAACACAUUACUUAUAAAGGCCAUGCCAAAAAUGUGCCUGUGUUUGUAUUUGCAGUUUCUGUAGCUAGAUAGGUUUGGCUGUAAAUCCCAGUGCCUUGCAUAUAGGGAAGUAGACUUUACAUAGGAAGACGUUUGCAAUUUGAAGUAUUAGCAUGAGUGUUGUAUGUUGUGACCAGUGACUAAAACCAAUAUUGUUUUAAUUUUAAAUUAAAACAUUACAUUGAACCCCAUUUGUUGUUUUGACCUAUGGCAUCACAAUCUCAUGUUACCUGCACUGAAAAAAACUCUCCCCAGAGUUUGGCAAAGUAUCAAAAUAAAAUGAUUGUUUUUUCCCCUA